CUCUCUCUCUCUCUCUCUCUCUCUACUUUCCCGCGAAAUUGACUCUAUCUGUCGUCUCCUCUCUCUCUCUCUCUCUCUGCACUGCAAGUCCGUGGCCAUGUCGAAGCCUCAUGUCUCCGUCUCUCUGUCUCUCUAGACGCUCUCUGUUUCUUCGUAUUACCAGUCCGUCUCCAUCUUCCGACGCUUUUCCUUGUUUCUCUGUUCUCGGCUUCUUUCCUAGCCGUUACGUUCCGCCGAGAAUCAUGAAUUUGAAGUGAACCUUCUCGAAUGACGACCUAAUUUUCUUCUCUCCCUCCCAGUUCCGCGUUCAUCUUGGCCUUUGUAAUCUCUAUGCCUUGCUCUUUAAUUUCCGAUUCUUGGUCGACUAGUUUGGUUGAAAAUUGUGAGUUGUUUGACGGAUUUGUUAGAGAAUUGAUCUAGGGUUUUUGAUCUUGUAGUGAGAACUUCUUUUACCUAUUGAAUAUUUGAUUUCAUUCUCGUGUAAUUCUGUGCAUGUGUAUUCGAUAUGAGAGCAGGUUUCGGCGGAAUGCAAAGGCUGCUUUACUGUGAUCAAGUGUCAGGAGGUUCAAAAUCCGAAAUCAGUAACAUUGCCUAUAUCUUAUUCGAAAUUUGCUCAUAAAUAUAAUCUGGUUGAGAGGGGGAGGGAAUUAAAGUUAUGGAAGAAGUUAAGGGGUCUUAUGCAGAAGCAGAAAAAGAUGGUGGGGCUUCUCUAGCACACUUGAUCUCUGAUAGUAAUUGUGAUGGCGUCCAUUGCAAGCCAAUCCCCGUUCAAGGGAGGAUAGGUCCAACAAGACGAUCCUCAACGGGUGGGUGGACAAAGGAAGAGGAUAAAAUUUUGGAGUCUGCAGUCCAAAAGUUCCAUGGGAAGAACUGGAAAAAGAUAGCUGAAUGUGUUCCUUAUCGAACACAUUAUCAGUGCCUUCACCGUUGGCAGAAAGUUCUCAAUCCUAAUCUUAUUAAAGGACCUUGGACCAAGGAGGAAGAUGAACUUAUCAUUGAGCUGGUGAGUAAACAGGGGAAUAAGAAGUGGUCUGAAGUAGCAAAACAUCUACCAGGCCGCAUUGGCAAGCAAUGCAGAGAAAGAUGGCACAACCAUUUGAAUCCAGAGAUAAACAGAACUCCAUGGACUAAAGAUGAGGAAUUGGCUCUUAUUAGGGCCCACGGGAUAUAUGGGAACAAGUGGGCUGAAAUAGCAAAGCUUCUGCAUGGAAGGACAGAAAAUUGUAUAAAAAAUCACUGGAACUGCUCUCUUAAGAAGAAAUUGCAUUUGUAUAUGACAUCUGAUACUGUUCCAAGUCUUCCUCUACUUGGUGCUAAUGAUUCAUCCGACCAUAAAACUGAAAAGGGAAAUGAAAAGUAUGGGGAUGCGGAUCACAAAUUCAGCAUGAUAUUCUCUACUGAACAGAGGAUGGACUCUGAAAAAAGCAUGGCCACUUCAAGGAAACUGGUUCCUAAAAAUGCUAAAGGAAUAGAGAACCAUCUACAGUCUUUGAAGAAAGGAAAUUGUGGGAUUCCUGGAGAGGGACCAUAUGGUUCGGUGGUCCAACCAUCCAGGCUAUCUACCUGGUCUAGUAUAGAAGGAGAACAAUCUCCAGUUUCUUUUUGUACUCCAGUGGCUCAGGGGAAUGUCAAGCCUUCUGAUUGUUGCAGUCUAGAAUCUAGAUUGAGGAAGGCAGCAAUGAGUUUCCCAAAUAUCCCAUCUAUCAUAAGAAGGCGAGGCAUGCGAACUUCAGAUGAACAGUCCUUUCUUUCUCCCUCCAAGUCUCGAAAGCUUGACAAUUCUGCUGCAAUAAAAUCUGUAGCAAAAUGCUUGGAAUUUUCCUUGAACGCUGUGCAGGAUUCUGCCACUCAUCAACAAAAAAUGUCAGAUGAAAAAAAUACUUCUCACUUACAUCAGAGCCUGAGCUGAAGGUAAAUAUUACUUGUACAUUCAGUAUGCAUACCUCAGAAGUUUUCUAGCGACUCUAGUGCAGACAACUCCCUAACAAUAAGGAUAGAGGCUUCUGCGAUUGUGAGGGCAUAUGGUCAAUAUGGGGGCUGAAAAUAAACCAACCAUUCGUGAUCACAAAGAACUAACUUCAUGGAGGAAACUUGAAACAGGUUAUAUGUGUGCAUAUAUUUUCCUUUUCAGUAUCAACUUGGAAGAUGGUGUUUUGCUUCCCAAUUUGUUCAUUUUAGUCCUGGAUGUUGCUGUAAGGCAAGGAUGGCUUGUCUAGUACCUCUUUCUUCUGGAAUGGGCUUAAAUGUGAAUAUUAAUUCAUUAAUUUCUAGUGAAUCAAAAUAAGGUUCCUAAAAUGUAGCUUCAUGUUACUUUUAUCUUGCCUUUU